AUGGUGCGUGUUGUUAUAAAAAAUCAGGUUUUUGAGGUGUCCCCUCGUUAUACUGACUUGAAUUAUAUUGGGGAAGGAGCGUAUGGAAUGGUUGUUGAUGCUUUCGACACCGUAAGAGGUGAGAAAGUUGCCAUUAAGAAGACCUCACCGUUCGAACAUCAAACGUUCUGCCAGCGAACAUAUCGGGAGUUGAAGAUUCUUCUUGGAUUUUCUCAUGAAAAUAUAAUCGAUAUCAAAAAUAUUAUACUAGUCGGAAACACAUUAGAGGAUAUGAAGGAUGUUUAUAUCAUUCAAACACUAAUGGAUACGGACUUGUAUAAAUUACUGAAAACACAGGAGUUGUCAGGAGAACAUACUUGUUAUUUUUUGUAUCAAGUACUACGAGGUCUCAAAUACAUUCAUUCUGCAAAUGUUCUACACCGUGAUUUAAAGCCAUCUAAUUUACUGUUAAAUGCAAGCUGUGAUCUAAAGAUCUGUGACUUUGGAUUGGCUCGAGUUAACGAUCCUGAGCAUGAUCAUAUGGGCAUGCUCACUGAAUACGUUGCUACACGAUGGUAUAGAGCCCCAGAAAUUAUGCUCAGCUCAAAAAGCUAUACAAAAGCUAUCGAUAUUUGGUCUGUAGGUUGCAUUUUUGGUGAAAUGCUUAAUCGUCGACCAUUGUUCCCCGGGAAACAUUAUGUUGAACAACUAACCCUUAUCUUAGGAGUUUUAGGAUCACCAAGUCGUGAAGAUCAAGUUUGGAUAGUAAAUGAUAAGGCUCGAAGCUUCGUGGAAAAGUUUAAAAAUAAUCCCCGUAAAUCAUGGAAAGAUAUUUAUCCUUCGGCGGAUGCUAAAACAAUCGACCUGCUUGAUCGUUUAUUAACAUUCAAUCCAACCACACGUAUCACCGUCGAAGAAGCCUUAGCUCAUCCUUAUUUUGAACAUUACUAUGAUCCUAGUGAUGAGCCUGUUGCUAAAAAACCAUUCAGUUUUGAAGAAGAAUUAGAUAAUUUACCUGUUAGACAAUUGAAAAAAAUGAUUUUUCAAGAAGUCAGUCAAUUUCGUGAACCAGAUUGAAAUCCUCUAUCUCUUAUAAAUCUAUCAGAUGAUUCGUAUAUCCUACAAGUUGUUUGUUUAUUCGUUUCUUCAUUUAGUGAAAUUUGUAAACAUUCCACUAUAUAUAUAUUCCAGAGACUACUGCUACGUGAAGAAUG